AUGGAUUUUAUGUACGAAGGCCGUAAUGCAGGGGUCUUACUCCACUUAACUUCUCUGCCUAGCAAAUGCGGCAUUGUCGGCGACUUCGGGGAAAGCGCUGAGCCGUUCCUAGCGUACCUCAAGGAAGCCGGAUUUUCUUACUGGCAAGUACUACCCGUUGGACCUUGCACCUAUUCGCAGUCUCAGCCCGGUUGUCCAUAUUUGAGCACAAGUUCCUUCGCCCUGAAUCCUUUGCUGGUUUGUCCUGCUGGUUUAGUAUCUCUCGGUCUUGUCACAGUAGAAGAAGUAAGCCAGUUGGUGACCAAAUGGCAGGCAAAGCAAGAGGAGAGGAAAGCCCUUAGAGCAGAAUGCUCCUCUCAAGAUACGGUUGAAUGCUGUGACUUUGUUGAUUACCAUGUAGCCAAGGGCUACAAGGAUGAAUUGCUAGCCAUUGCGUACAACGCAUUUAUUAGAAAGGCCCCUACAGAAGAAUACGAAGAAUUCUGCAAGUCCAACAAAUUUUGGCUGGAUGGGUAUGUGCUAUUUGAAGCCAUACAGGCAAGGCAUCCCCAGGCCUCCUCAUGGCUUGAAUGGCCAGAGGAAUUUCGGUCAUAUAAAAGCCUUCAAAAGAAUGAGUCAUUAUUGCAGAGCCUUGAGUUGCUAAAGCCAGACCAGAACUCCUCUGAACAAAAAACUGCAGGACCAAUUGAGCAGCUGCUACCACAAUUCCACCGUUUCGUGCAGUUUAUCCUUUCUCAACAGUGGAGCCAGCUGCGUCGUCAGGCCAACAAGAACGGGAUUAAAAUCAUGGGUGAUAUAGCCUUUUAUGUCAACAUGCACUCUAGCGAUGCAUGGAGCAACUCCGAGAUGUUUCAGAUGGAUAGUACAACGAACAAGCCGCUCUACGUUUCGGGCGUUCCGCCCGACUAUUUUAGCGCAGAAGGGCAACUUUGGGGGCAUCCUGUAUAUGCAUGGGAAGCCCAUGAGCGCACAAAUUUUAGCUGGUGGACUCGCCGUCUUGCAAAGAGUUUUGAGAAGUUUGACGCAUGUCGACUUGAUCAUUUUCGUGGAUUUGAAUCUUACUGGAGGGUCCCGUAUGACUUCGCUGUACAGUAUAAAAGCGCUAGGAAUGGGGAAUGGGUGCAGGGGCCUGGUACGAAGCUCUUCGACGGAAUAUUCAAGAACAUGGGCUGGGAAAAUCCCAGAGUAAAUGUUGCGACAGCUUACUCGGAGGCACUGAGCAAGCACACAAAGCCGCCAACAAUAAAGAAACGACUUGCCAACAUUAUCAGCAAGCACGCUGCUUCUAAAUCGAAACCGCUGAAGAAGAACUCUGGGGCGCCGCAUUCCUUUGGGAUGCCAGGGGGAGGCGAGCCAUCUCAACCCGCACCCUUGCUAAUAGCAGAAGACCUGGGCUUCAUUACCCCUGAGAUCGUGGCUCUUAGGGAUAAGUACAGCAUAUUUAGCAUGCGCGUAAUGCAAUUCGCGUGGGCAGACAAAGAAAAGGGCUUACGCUGCGAGCAUCUUCCGUACAAUCACACGCGAGACUGUGUAGUGUAUACUGGGACUCACGACAAUUCGACUUCACAAUCCUGGUGGAAAGCAGCUUCUGCUGAAGAGAAGAAGCAUCUUUUGAGCUAUCUUGGCUUGAGCGAAGAAUCUCCAAACUUUGCACCGCACAGGGUCCUAACCCACUUGGCACUUCUCAGUGUUGCGAACCUGGUCAUCCUCCCAGUCCAAGACAUAUUAGGCCUUGACGACCGAGCUCGGUUUAACCUUCCAGGCGUCGACAGUCCGAAAAACUGGAGCUGGAAACUCAACAGCCUGGAGCCUCUCUAUGCUCCGGGAAACCUGAAUCCCCUCCGCGAAAUGCUCAUUCUGUCAAAUAGAUCCAUUACAUCCGAGUAG